AUGUGGCGCAGCGCGGAGAAGGCCAUAUCGCGUACUGAUGAAGUCGACAUUGAGGGCGGCUGGAAAGUCGGUGCACCAGUCCCAUACGCCGCACUUGCUAAAACAUUCGCCUUAAUCGAGGCCACCACAAAACGCAUAGAGAAGACGUCCCUGCUAACGGCCUUCUUGCUCCUCGUCAUACAGAGAAGCGCCGAGGGAGACACGAAGUCUCUGCUCCAGUGCGUGUACUUGUGCAUUAACCGGCUGAGUCCAGACUACGUCGGCAUUGAGCUGGGCAUAGGCGAGAGCCUUCUUGUCAAGGCAAUCGUUGAAUCGACAGGACGAAGUCUGGCAACAGUCAAGGCAGAACUCAAGAAAGAAGGUGACCUGGGACUGGUAGCAAUGAACUCGAAAAACAGCCAGAAGACAUUAUUCAAGCCCAAACCAUUGACAGUGCCUUUCGUGUUCUCCAAUCUGAAAGAAAUUGCCUUGAGUACAGGCCACUCGUCACAAGCCAGGAAGGUGUCCAUCAUCACCAAGCUUCUCGCCGCAUGCCAGGGACAAGAGGCGAAGUACAUUGUGCGGAGUUUAGAGGGUAAGCUGAGGAUAGGAAAUGCCGAGCGCACCGUCCUCGUCGCGGUAGCCCACGCUGCCGUAUUGGCUGAGAAGGAGAAGGCGGGCAAGCGCUGGAGCAACGAAAAGCUGGCCUCUCGACUGGAGGAGGCAGCUGAGACCAUCAAAGCUGUCUACAGCGAAUUACCCUCGUAUGACGAGGUCAUCCCUGCUUUGCUCGAAGUUGGCACGGAAAGAUUACGAGAGAGAUGCAAGCUGACACCGGGCGUACCGUUAAAACCCAUGCUCGCCAAGCCGACCAAGGCUAUCGGCGAAGUUCUCGAUAGGUUCGAGAACAAGCGGUUCACCUGCGAGUACAAGUACGACGGGGAACGAGCUCAGGUACACAAGAAAGAAGACGGGACAGUGUCCAUCUUCAGUCGGAAUUCUGAGGACAUGAGCAAGAAGUAUCCCGAUCUUGUCGAGCAGUUGCCCCGCUGCAUCAAAGAUACUACGAAGUCAUUCGUUCUGGACGCCGAGGCCGUAGCCAUCGACAAGGACACGAAGAAACUCAUGCCUUUCCAGGAGCUGAGUAGAAGGAAACGUAAGGAUGUUAAAGUGGAAGACAUUCAAGUUCGCGUUUGCUUGUUCGCCUUUGAUCUGUUAUACCUCAAUGGAGAGCCAUUGCUGCACAAGCCUCUAGCUGAAAGAAGGGAGCUACUGAGAGAACACUUCCAGCCCGUCGACGGGGAAUUCCAGUUCGCGAAAGCGUCUGAUGGCUCGACCACAGACGAAAUCCAGGCUUUCUUGGAAGAGAGCGUGAAGGACGGGUGUGAAGGGCUCAUGGUAAAAAUGCUGGAGAGUGAUGCCAGUCAUUAUGAGCCCAGUCGACGCAGUGUCAACUGGCUAAAACUCAAGAAGGAUUACCUGGCAGGCGUUGGCGACUCGCUGGACCUUGUGGUAGUGGGCGGAUAUUACGGCAAGGGCAAACGGACCAAUGUCUACGGUGCCUUCCUAUUGGCCUGCUACGACGCAGAUUCGGAGGAAUAUCAGACCAUAUGUAAGAUCGGGACGGGCUUCAGCGAAGAGAUGCUGCAGUCCCACUACGAAACCCUGAAGCCUCUGGAGAUGCAGAAGCCGAGGGGCGACGUUAAGGUCGGCGGCGCGAAGCCUGACGUGUGGUUCGAGCCCAAAAUUGUCUGGGAAGUCUUGACAGCAGACCUGAGUCUCAGUCCUAUUUAUACCGCAGCGCAAGGAUUAGUGGAGGAACGCGGAAUAUCGUUGCGAUUUCCUCGGUUUAUACGAGUGCGAGGUGAUAAGUCUGCCGAUGAUGCUACCGGACCGGAGCAGAUUGCGGAGAUGUACGAGCGACAAGCUCUGGCCCAAGGAAAUAACGGGAAGAAGAAACGAGGUGGCGAGGACGGAGACGACGGGUUUUGGUAA